GACAAUGGAUUGGGGAGCCCUGCAUACCAUUUUAGGAGGUGUAAAUAAGCACUCCACCAGCAUUGGGAAGAUAUGGCUCACAGUCCUGUUCAUCUUCCGCGUCAUGAUCCUGGUGGUGGCUGCAGAGAGAGUCUGGGGAGAUGAGCAAGAUGACUUCAUCUGCAACACUCUGCAACCUGGUUGCAAGAAUGUUUGCUAUGAUCACUUUUUCCCCAUCUCCCACAUCAGACUCUGGGCCCUGCAGCUGAUCUUUGUCUCCACGCCGGCGCUGCUGGUGGCCAUGCAUGUAGCUUACAGGAGGCACGAGAAGAAAAGGCAGUUCAGGAAGGGAGACCAGAAGUGCGAAUACAAGGACAUCGAAGAAAUCAGAAGGCAGAGGUUUCGUAUUGAGGGCUCCCUGUGGUGGACGUACACCAGCAGCAUCUUCUUCAGGCUGAUCUUUGAAGCAGUCUUCAUGUACGCGUUUUAUUUCAUGUACGACGGGUUCCGAAUGCCUCGCUUGAUGAAGUGUAGUGCUUGGCCCUGCCCCAACACGGUGGACUGCUUUGUUUCUCGACCUACUGAAAAGACAGUGUUCACUAUUUUCAUGAUUGCUGUGUCCAGCAUUUGCAUCCUUUUAAAUGUGGCUGAAUUGUGUUACUUACUGACAAAAUUUUUCCUCAGAAGAUCUAAAAGAGCUGGGAAUCCAAAACACCAUCCCAACCAUGAGAAUAAGGAAGAGACCAAACAAAAUGAAAUGAAUGAGUUAAUAUCUGAUAGCUGUCAGAACACAGUUAUAGGGUUUUCAAGUAGCUAAGGACAUGUCAGUGCUGGUGUUCACUCUUUUUGGAGUGAAUGUUGUUUAAGGGCUGCACAUGGCAUUUGUUAUAUGAAACAGUUUAAGUUUGAGACUUUGAAACAUAGUGUCAGGUGUCAAUUAUGCACAUGUCUGAAAAUAGUCAGGGCAGCCUAAACAUGCAAUUUGUGUACGGAUUAAAUAGGAAAGUGUAUUUCCUGUGAGUGCCUUUACAAGCUGUCUAUGACAAGUGGGAAACAAUCCUUCAUGCUGACACAGCUGCUGGAAACUACAUGCAAUAGCAAUAAGAACAAAAUUCUUUCCAAGCUAGAUUUUCU